GAAAUCUAUGAACCAGAAACUUACAAAAUUGGGUGCGUAGACUUUUGCUAUCCAGCUCUGAGAAUGCGGUGCGAUUGUUAGGUAUACCUCAUAAUAUGUGACCUCUGAGCAUAUAUGAAGCCCGUGUGUGGAGGCUCUGACGCGGGAUGAUGAAGCCAAAGCACAGUGGCCGCAUUGUUGGGCCAAUCCGCAUAACUUUGUUCCUCAAAUCGCUAUUUUUUUUCUUGAGCAGAUUUAGCAGAUUACGGCUCGCCAUCCCUCGGGGUGGGGGGGGUGAAACAUGUGCGGUACCGUGAGCAAUGGGGGGAGGGAGAGGAUGCAGUCAGACUCAAUCCAAAGCAAAAAUAGCUAUAAAAAAAUAUUUUUUUUUUUAUCCACCUGAAAAUUCCUUUCUAAGUGGUUCAAUAGAACACAAGUAUAACAUUACUAACAUUAUUGAAUGUUUUCUUUCACAAAUAGGACUUUCUUGAUGACAGAGUAUCUAUGGCUGGUAUCGGCAUCCUCUGCGAGUACCGAUACCUUCGAAUGGGUUUCUCGUCCCAAUCGGUAAGACAAGUCUUCACUUUCAUGAAAACUCAAAGCCACUUUGAGUCUUGCCUUAUGAAACGUUCAGCAGCCCAGAACACGUUGUAGAAGCUCAGAGUCACAAAGGGCACUUUACACAAGUCUUGGAGGAAUGCAAUCAAAUCCCAAACAUCCCUCCCUCGACCACUCCAGGACUGUAUCCCCAACAUUACAUCACGCUCCACCACUGUGCAGGCUGAAUGGGGGGGAAAAAAAACGUGUCGUGCUGUAAUCUGCAGUGACGCCACUAAUCCCCACGCUACAAAAGUCACAGCUCGUUGCCCCCGUCCUUCACACGGACGGCUGACGCUUCACUUUCGCCUCGAAACAGGUAGGCCUCCUCCUCAUCUUGUGGGAUUUGGAUUUUUAUACUAAAUUUGAUUUACAUUUCCUCACUUGUUGAAUAUUCUAUUUGUUUGCUCAGCAAAAUGACUUGCCACAAAUAAUGUAUCGCUGUUCAUCUAUCUAUGGCAGCGACGUGAGGUGACAGGCAGAGCAAUUACAUGCUCGUCCCCUAGAUGGCAGAAGAGAGCACCCUUUUUGAAUGUGAUGCUUUUCUUUUGAAUUCAGAAGUGAGCAUUUUGAUUUGAUGUUUUGAAUUAAAUGUAAUACAAAAAAUAAGCAAAAAUAAAUAGAUAAAAGCUACAUUUUAUUCUAUUUCGAUUGUAUUCUAUUUUAUUUUUCAUUAAAUACUUCCAUGAACUGAGUCCAUAAAUGUCUUCUUUAAAAUAUUGUAGAAAAAAACAAAUGCAAUUUUUUUCUCGCCCAUUUUAAUCUUAAGGGUAGUUUAUGAAUGUAUUUUCUUUUUUUUGCUCUUGUGUUAUUAUUUCUAUUGCUAUUGUUCCCCGGCCCGAUUGUGCAGAAUCCAAAUCGUGCUGCUUAUAUAAGAGUUGACCUUAAAUCUGCCAGAUAAAUAAUGCAAGAGCUAAAUUUAGCAUCAUACAUCAAAAUCAUCAUCAGGCCAGGGCAGCAGUGGCAUUAAGCUAGAUUCAUUCCAUUCAAUUGUUUAUGUUAAACACAAAUUUACUACAUUAAGAUGUAAUUCAUUUCAAUCUAAAAUGAUAAACCCGCCUCGAUGACACAUUGUAUAAACUUCUUGUUAAAUACUUCAAACAUGAGGCACUUUACUUAAUUGGUUUUGUCAUGCGUGUUUUUUCAGACUGACGAUCCAAAGUGUGACGCUCAGCGGACAUGGCUGUUGUUAGUGGAACUUACCGCAUGGUGUCCGAGGAGGAGCAGGCUCUCCGGGCCAAGCUGGAGCGCCUCACCGUCAAGGACCACGGGCCGGUUUUUGGACCUUGCCCCAGUGUGCCGGACCACACCCGGCAGAAGGCCAAAGACGAGUUGCAAGAGACGGACGACAAGCGCGUGUCUGCGGUCAAGGAGUUGCGGGGGAUGAUCAAGGAGAAGGCCGACGCGGGAGACGAGCUAGCCAAGGGCGUGCAGGACACUUUCGGGGAGAAGCCCGACAGCCUGCUGGUUCGCUUCAUCCGGGCCAGGAAAUACGACGUUCCCAGAUCCUUUGAGCUCAUGAAGGGUUACGUGCGCUUCAGGAAGGAGUACCCUGAGCUGUUUGAGAACCUGACGCCCGAAGCGGUACGCAGCACCAUCGAAGCGGGCUACCCGGGCAUCCUCCAGAGCCGAGACAAGUACGGCCGCGUGGUUCUGCUUUUCAACAUCGAGAACUGGGACUACGAGGAGAUCACCUUCGACGAGAUCCUGCGGGCCUACUGCGUGAUCCUGGAGAAGCUUCUGGAGAACGAGGAGACCCAGAUCAACGGCUUCUGCAUCAUCGAGAACUUUAAAGGCUUCACCAUGCAGCAGGCGUCGGGCAUCAAGCCCACCGAGCUCAAGAAGAUGGUGGACAUGUUGCAGGACUCGUUCCCAGCUCGUUUCAAAGCCGUGCACUUCAUCCACCAGCCGUGGUACUUCACCACCACCUACAACGUGGUCAAGCCCCUCAUGAAGAGCAAGCUACUGGAGAGGGUGUUUGUGCACGGAGAUGAGCUGGAAAACUACUACAAGGAGUUUGACGCCGACAUCCUCCCCGCCGAGUUUGACGGGAAAGCGGCCAAAUACGACGGCAAAGCCACGGCGGCCAAGUUGUUUGACUAAAAGCCAGAGCCUCGUUUACAUGCCAAUGAAUGCUGAGAUGCUAAUUGUGUUGUUUUUGGGGGGGGGGUCCAGAUAAAGCCCACAAAUCACCCACAAAAUGCUUGUUUCAAACCAAAAUGGCCGACUUUUCAAUUUGGGCCAUGAGUCCUUAUUUGUGCAUCCAAUCAACUCAAUUUUGUGUCGAUUGGGACAAAAAGGUGUCAGGUCAGGUUUUUCCUCCCCAAAUGCUGCAGAGGGCGCUAUUGAAUCAACGUACCAUUCAUGAUUUAUAUCUUGGAAGUCUGUGUUAUACUACUCAACCGCAGAUUGGGAAGGUCCUUGUAACUUGUUGGGCUUUGUUGGGACCCCGGUGAGGCUCCAAACAAAUAAUUUUAAAAACAGUCUGUCCCCCAUCUGUCCUUUUUGUGCCUAAUGUUCUCCAUUGAAAUGUUACCCAUUGUGCUACCUGUUGUACCAACACUGUCAAUUGAUUGUACAAUAAAGUGUAUAUACACGUGAA